AACUAGAAACAUGAAGGAGAACUGUAACUUUCUAUGCCUGGUAGAAACCUGGUCAACGUUUUGACCUCCAGGGCUAGGAGAUGUUAGGGUCCAGACCCCAUAUUGACGUGAUCUUGGGUUCUCCUACAUAGACAAUAUCUCCAGGGCCCCCUCCAAGAAUUCCUGCUGGAACUGGACGGCAGGCUCUCCAUGCUUGGUUGAAAGGUCUUCAGGAUGGACCUGAAGGAACUACUAGGCCGAGGAGAAGCAACCAUUGGGCUGGGCGUGAAGGAGUCCUUUCUGGAUGACCAUCGGAAAGAAUGCCGUUUCUUCAUGGCUUCCGUAGAAUCAUCUUCGAAUAUCAGCCUUUAGUAGAUGCAAUCUUGGAGUCUCUGGGAUUACAAGAUCCCGAAAAUCAGGAGUUGCCGGAGAGCUCCAGGCCUGCGGCCGAAGACCACAGCAAAUUUGUGGUUCUCCAGAAGCUUCUGGAAAGCGAAUCCCAUUCAGCUUUUUACCAAGAAGGUGUGAGCUACACAUUGCUGAAGGUCUCGGAGCUUGGGCUGGUCCAGGUGGCUGAAGUCCUCUUGCACAAUGGGGCGGACAUCACCUUCGAAGAUCCGGUCACCUAUUACACAGCCUUACACAUCGCGGUGCUACGAAACCAGCCUGACAUGGUUGAACUUCUGGUGCAGCGCGGCGCAGAUAUCAACCGCAGAGACAGGAUUCAUGAAAGUAGUCCUCUGGAUCUAGCCAGCGAAGAACCAGAACGCUUGCCUUGUCUGCGGCGUCUCCUAGAACUCGGGGCCAAUAUCAACGCCGCUGAUAAACAUGGAAAGACCGCUUUGCUGCAUGCGCUGGCCAGCAGCGACGGGGUUCAAAUCCAUAACAUCGAAAACAUUCGCCUUUUGUUGGAAGGAGGCGCAGACGUCAAGGCCACCACCAAGGACGGGGACACCGUUUUCACCUUCAUCAUCUUCUUGCUGGGCGAGACGGUGGGCAGCGACGCCGAAGAGGCCAAGAUGAUCCACCGCUUCUGUUUCCAGGCCACACGGCUGCUGAUGGCCCACGGCGCCAACCCCAGCGAGUGCCCGCCUUACGAGUCUCUCACCCACCUCUGCCUCAAGAGCUUCCGGCUGCAUUUCCCGCUGCUACGCUUCCUCCUGGAGUCGGGGGCUUCGCACAGCUGCUCCCUCCACGGGCCCACCUGCUGGUCCGGCUUCGACAUCAUUUUCGAGCGCCUGUGUUCCCAUCUCAGCGAAUCCGAAGACGACAGCUUCUCCAUCGACUUGUUGCAGAAAGCCGAGACCGCCCUGGAGCUGAUGAUGGCCAGCGGCCCGGUGGUCAAGCUGCCCAGCAACUUCCAGAUCGACCUGAGCCACUGCCGGUACCACCAAGAGAAGAUCCAAGCGCUUUUCGGGAAACUGAAGCAGCUGGAGAACACUCCGCCAACCUUGAAGCACCUGUGCCGAGUCUACCUGCGGCAGUAUCUCCAACCUUGGCCCGUAGACGUCAAGGUGAAGGCCCUCCCUCUGCCCAACCGCUUGAAGAGGUACCUCCUCAUAGAUCCAAGUGCAUCUCUGGAGCAGGUGUGACCUCCUGGGACGAGAAGUGGACCUUGGAUAUUUGCCAUCCCGGAUCUCCUCGUUGAUAACCAGCGCACGUAUGGCAAGAUCUCCGUUCAAUGUUCAACAGCCGAUGACGUGGUGUAUAUACCGUGUCUGCGGCAGCACAUUUGAAUGGUGGGUAGGUGGGAGCGGGCUGGGGGCACCGAGAAUUUGCAACGGAAUCACAUCCCCACGGCAGCUGAACUGGCGGGAAAAAUCCUUUGACGAGUUGUGUACCAGCCGAGGAAGAAUUUGUCCCUCUUGCGCCAAAGGAUUGUGAGGUUGCGUAGGCUUAUGUUGGAGCCCUACUGAACAUCCAGGGUUGAGACAGGCAUGCCAACAUCUGAUUAAAAGAAUGCACCUAG